CGAGUUCAUCGCCUCCCCAUCCCGUCUCCGGAGACCGCAGUUCACACGUUCCCUGCCGCUCCCCCUCUCUCUAUCUCCUCCUCCCUCCCUACACCGCCGUGCAUCUUAAUUCCUCCCCCAUUGCCGUUGCGUUCGUCCCACUUGCCGCGGGUUCUUCCUCCCCGAACAAGCGCCGCCGCCAUUCCUGCAGUUCUCCUCGUCCCGCUCACUCAAUCUUCCAAGAAAACCAACCUUUGCACGUUUUCCCAGCCUGGGACCGCAAGAACGCGUUCGAUCCCGUGAUUUCCGAGGCUCCUAUCUUUCCUUGGAUUCUUUUCGGUUCCUGGAAACCGCAUAUAGCUCUUCAUCAGUUGGUGGUGUCCGGGAGCAAUGGGGAGGAAGUGGCACGCCGUGGCCGCGCUCGCCGUCGCGUUUGCGGCGGCCGCCGCCGCCGUCGCCGCCGACCGUGGGCUGUCGCUGGUUGGCGCAGCGGUGGCGCCAGAGGAGGAGGAGAUAGGCCUCCUGCGGAAGAUCGCCAAUCUGAUGUGGAACAGUGGCAACACGUACCAACACGUUUGGCCGCCAAUGAAAUUCGGGUGGCGAAUUGUGCUGGGAACACUGAUCGGAUUCUUUGGUGCGGCAUUCGGAAGUGUUGGCGGAGUUGGUGGUGGUGGGAUCUUUGUGCCGAUGCUGACACUCAUCAUUGGGUUUGAUCCAAAGUCAUCGACUGCGAUUUCAAAAUGUAUGAUUAUGGGAGCGGCUGUUUCAACUGUUUACUAUAACCUCAAGCUGAAACAUCCGACUUUGGACAUGCCAAUGAUCGAUUAUGACCUAGCUUUGCUCAUCCAGCCUAUGCUAAUGCUUGGGAUCAGCAUUGGUGUUAUUUUCAAUGUUAUAUUCCCUGACUGGCUGGUCACAGUUCUCCUGAUAGUCCUUUUCCUAGGCACAUCUACUAAAGCCUUUCUGAAGGGCAUUGAGACAUGGAAGAAAGAGACAAUAAUCCAAAGGGAGGCUGCAAAACGGUUGGAGACUGCAGGUGGGGAAGCAGAGUACGCACCACUUCCUACUGGACCAGAUGCGGCAGCUGGCACGAAAGCCCUCACAUCAGAUGAGGCGGCAUCAAUGAUGGAUAACAUCCAAUGGAAGGAGUUUGGUCUUCUUUCAUUUGUGUGGGUGGCAUUCCUUGUUCUUCAGGUCACAAAGAAUUACACUUCUACUUGCUCCACAUGGUACUGGGUCUUGAACCUUCUCCAGGUCCCAGUGUCAGUUGGAGUGACAAUGUAUGAAGGGCUUGGGCUGAUGAGUGGGAAGAGGGUGCUAUCAUCAAAGGGAAGUGAACAAAGUACCCUGAAACUUUACCAGAUAUUCAUAUACGGCUUCUUCGGUAUCGCUGCUGGACUUGUUGGUGGUCUGCUGGGUCUUGGAGGUGGCUUCGUUAUGGGGCCACUGUUCUUGGAGCUCGGCAUCCCUCCCCAGGUUUCAAGUGCUACAGCCACCUUUGCAAUGAUGUUCUCAUCUUCCAUGUCGGUUGUUGAAUACUACCUCUUGAACCGGUUUCCGGUGCCUUAUGCUGUUUUUUUCGUCGUUGUGGCAUUCUUUGCUGCCAUCAUCGGUCAGCAUAUAGUGAGGAAGUUGGUUAACUGGUUAGGGCGGGCAUCGCUUAUCAUCUUCAUAUUGGCUUUCAUGAUCUUCGUCAGCGCUCUCUCUCUUGGUGGGGUCGGCAUCUCAAACAUGGUUAACAAGAUUGCACACCACGAGUACAUGGGCUUCGAGAACCUUUGCAAGUACGAAGCAUAGGAAGCGAAAGUGGAUUUUGAUUGAAGAACCGAAGUGUUGGAUGAUUCGAUUUUCAGGGCAGGUGACCGAAAAGAUUCUAGUUGUGCCACAGCUUCGAUUGGAGGCAAUCUGCAUAGAUUGGAAUCAGAUGAAUUUUAGAGCAUGUUUCUAAGUGGUUCCUGAUUUCCAGUUUAUGUCAAUUCAGUGUGCAUCAUACUUAUUCUGUACGAAUUUUUGUAUCAAUUGUAGAGCUGCCUUUCUGCCAGCACAGAAUGUAGUCAGUUCAUUACCCAAGCUAUAUAUAUGCGUUUUUGUUAUCAGAAA